AUACCUGGAGACAGACAGACAUAUACGUGAGUGACUUCACUGUUUCUUGGUGGAAACACAGCAGGAUCUGUGCAAGCAAAGGAAAACGCAAUCAAAGCUAGAUUUAAAGCAGAAUGGCAUCUCAUUCUUCAUCCUUGACCCAUGACCAGAGCAAACCCGAGGAAGAAAAUGACCUGGUAGAUCGGCUGAUCUCCAAGACAGGCUGCUCUGCACUCCAUUAUGCAAUUCAGAAGUGCAUAAUGGAGAAUGAAGACUGGAGGAAAUGCAAGACACAGGUUCAGGACUUCAAAGAGUGCAUGAUGCCAUACCAGAAAGCUCAAAUGGAGCAGCUGGUAAAACGCAAAAGCUCAUCCACAGAGAACAUUUGAAAAAUUCCUGAUAAAACCACGUGUUAAAGAAGAUAUCAUUUUGUGACUUCAGGUUACCUUUAUCAUGGAUAUAAUUACACAAGCACAAUCUGUGAAUAUCCUAAAACUGAUUGUGUUGUUUCAUAAGGAUUGUCCUCUUUGAAUUUUAGUCCUUAUCAACUUGAUAAACAUUUAACACCAAGCUGAAAAUUAACCCACAUGACAUUGCGUACAGAAUACAGAAAUUUUGUGUCGUAUAUAACUGUACUGUCGAACUCAAAUACUUUAUUCAUAUUGAGAAACACUGGGAUUUGCUUUUACUAUUCAUAUUCAGUCACUCCUUGAUGAUCUCUUGUUUGAGGCAUAACCUUUUGUGAUUUAAUGCCCUUUUAGUUACCCACAAAACAUGAUUUGGAAUACUUUACAAAGAUUAGCGAAAUCUCUGUGUCAUUACGGUGAAGGAGGUGAUUGGAUUUUAACCUUCGGUUUAACAUGUCUCCAUCAGCCACAAGUUUAAUUUUACUUUUUACAAAUGUGCAUGCCUUAAUUACCUGAAAAUAUAUUUCAAACAAGGACGCUAUUGAAGGAAAACUAUUUCAGACAUUUGUUGCUGAUGUGACCUUGACUGUUUUGAAUACCAAGAAUUUGUACUGUAUCAGCAAAGGGGUAGUCCAAAAAAAUUGCACUCUCGGGUCACUUGAUUUCUAAUGAUAAUGUUAAAGGUUUUUCAGACAAAGAAGAAAAAUAUGCUCAACUAUUAUCAAUUUGUCCUGAUUACAUAGUGUCAAAUUCAUAAAUGUUUAUUUUCCAAUAUCAAUUAAUUGUUUUGAUUAACUUGCAUAGUUUGUUUGUGAAUGUGUCUGUAUAAUAAAAAGAAAAUUACACUUCAGCUUAAAGAUAUGUAGUUUAUCUUCUCAUGUUGAAAAACUCAUAUUUUUCAUCCGAAAUACAUCCCGGACCUGAGUAACAUGUUUUCCAAUAUCUUCACUUGUGAGGAGAUCAAUGGCAUGUCUAACAAGAGCAGUACAAAUCAAUCAAGUAUAUUGUUCAGUAAAUGGAUUCCUCAAA